AAGAAGAAACAAAAUGGACAAGGGGGCAACUUCUAGUAAAUCCUUUCAAACUCAUUUUGUUGAUAUCCAUGAAGUUUUACCGGAGGAAGAAGAAGAAGACGAAGGAGUGAUCAAAAUGGAAGAUAAAGUGGUGAAAAAGGGUUUGCACAAGCCUGUUAAACUUCGAGAAUUGAAGAGGCCACAAAGAAGUUUUAGCAGGCAAGUGUCAUUAGAGACGGGCUUUUCCGUGUUGGAUAGGGAGGCUAAGGCCAAAGACGAGAGAAAGGUUCUCCGGAGAAGUGGUCGUAGUUUCGGAGGUUUUGAUUCCGCUAUUAGGGUUGGUGGAGAAGCAAGGAAAGGAGACUUUGACAUCUUCAGGACCAAGUCGACUCUCAGUAAGCAAAAUUCUCUGCUGCCUACGAGAAAAGAGAGAGAGACAGAGUCCCAAAGAACUGAAGGUGCUAAUGGUCUUGAUGAGUCUGUUAACAAUAGUGUUCCAGCUGGAAGAUACUUCGCUGCUCUCAGAGGACCUGAACUAGAUCAAGUGAAGGACUACGAGGACAUUCUCCUCCCAAAAGAUGAGAUAUGGCCCUUUCUCCUUCGUUUCCCAAUUGGUUGCUUUGGUAUUUGUCUUGGACUUAGCAGCCAAGCUGUUCUAUGGCGUGCCCUGUCCACUAGCCCAGCUACCAAGUUUCUCCACGUUACACCAUUCAUCAACCUUUUCCUUUGGAUAUUAGCCCUGGCGGUGCUAGUCUCAGUUUCCAUCACCUACUUGCUCAAAUGUAUUUACUACUUUGAAGCUGUCAAAAGAGAAUACUUCCAUCCUGUCAGAGUCAAUUUCUUUUUUGCCCCCUGGGUUGUGUGCAUGUUCCUUGCCAUUGGCGUACCGCCGAUGCUAGCACCUGCAAAACUGCACCCUGCCAUUUGGUGUGCUUUCAUGGGACCUUAUUUCUUUCUCGAGCUCAAAAUUUAUGGUCAAUGGCUUUCUGGGGGUAAGAGGCGUCUUUGCAAGGUAGCAAAUCCAUCUUCCCAUCUUUCUGUAGUCGGAAAUUUUGUUGGAGCAAUCUUAGCAUCAAAGGUGGGAUGGAUGGAAGCUGCAAAGUUCUUGUGGUCUGUUGGCUUUGCACAUUAUCUUGUGGUGUUUGUAACACUGUAUCAGAGACUGCCAACAAGUGAAGCAUUGCCAAAAGAGCUGCACCCCGUCUACUCCAUGUUUAUUGCAGCUCCAUCUGCUGCAAGUAUUGCUUGGGGAAGUAUUUAUGGUGAGUUUGAUGGUUGCUCAAGGACAUGCUUUUUCAUUGCAUUGUUCCUCUAUGUUUCACUAGUCGUGCGGAUCAACUUCUUUACAGGAUUCAGGUUCUCUGUGGCAUGGUGGUCGUACACCUUCCCAAUGACAACUGCAUCAGUGGCGACAAUCAAGUAUGCAGAACAGGUUCCUUCUUUUUUAAGCAAGGGGCUUGCUCUCUCUCUUUCUUUCACGUCAUCGGCAAUGGUGUCUGUAUUAUUGGUGUCCACCCUUCUUCACGCCUUUGUUUGGCAGACAUUGUUUCCAAAUGAUCUCGCCAUUGCUAUAACAAAGAGAAGACAUGUAAAGGAGAAGAAGCCCUUCAAGAAGGCUUAUGAUAUAAAGCGCUGGACAAAACAGGCUUUAACAAAGAACAACUCUGUGGACAAAGAAUACAACGGGGAGAAUGAAUUUGAAUACGAGCUGCAAUCCGGACACAAGCAGAAAGUAGAAGCUGACUCAAUAUGGAGUUAAAAGCAUGAGACCGGCACAGCAGUCAAGAUGCUAGGAUUUUAUGAUUGUAGCUGAAAAUCUAUCUUUU